GGCGGGGCAGCGCGAGCCCGACCGUCACCGUCGCCGUCAUGGCGGAGCAGGAGAGUCUGGAGUUCGGUAAAGCGGACUUUGUGUUGAUGGACGCCGUUACCAUGCCCGAGUUUAUGGCUAAUCUGCGUCUGCGUACCUGAAUGCUGUAAUGUCAGAGUGGAAGGAACAUAAUGGAUCAUGAAGUCAGUUGCUGGUCAGUGCUGGAAGCCAAAUCUUCUAAACACGUCCGUAAAAUAAGUUCAGCGAUAUGCAGCGAGGCUCACCUGUCCUUGCAGCUUCUGUUGAAACGCCCUUCCAGGACUGCUCCCCUGAUGGCGAGCUGUCCCUGUCAAGCCUGUGUUGGCCAGGGUUUGAAAAAGGACGGAUUUAUACAUUUAUUGGGGAGGUGGUCGUCUCCAUGAAUCCUUACAAAAACUUGAACAUCUAUGGGCGUGACAUGAUUGAGCAGUACAAAGGAAGGGAAUUGUACGAGAGGCCUCCUCACCUCUUCGCAAUUGCUGAUGCCGCUUACAAAGCGAUGAAGAGGCGAUCAAAAGACACCUGUAUUGUAAUAUCAGGUGAAAGUGGGGCUGGGAAGACAGAGGCCAGUAAAUAUAUUAUGCAGUACAUCGCAGCCAUUACCAACCCCGGUCAGCGAGCAGAGGUGGAAAGAGUGAAGAACAUACUGCUGAAAUCCAACUGUGUGUUAGAGGCCUUUGGCAAUGCCAAAACAAACCGUAAUGACAAUUCCAGCAGGUUUGGAAAAUACAUGGAUAUCAACUUUGAUUUUAAAGGAGACCCGAUAGGUGGGCAUAUCAAUAAUUACUUACUAGAAAAGUCUCGUGUGAUCGUGCAACAGCCGGGAGAACGAAGCUUUCAUUCUUUUUACCAGCUCCUCCAGGGGGGUUCUGACCAGAUGUUACGUUCUCUACAUCUUCAGAAGGAUGCAUCUGCAUACAACUAUAUCUGUCCUGGAGCGCAGCUAAAGUGUUCCAUCAAUGAUGGUGCAGAGUUCAAAGCAGUAGCUGAUGCCAUGAAAGUGAUAGGCUUCAAGCAAGAGGAGAUUCAGACUGUCUACAAAAUUGUGGCAGCCAUUCUUCACUUGGGGAACUUGAAGUUUUCCGUGGAUGGUGAUACGCCGGUAAUAGAAAACAGCAAGGUUGUGUCGAUCAUCGCAGACUUGCUGUCAACAAAAUCUGACAUGGUGGAGAAGGCUCUUUUGUUUCGAACUGUAGCUACGGGUCGGGAUGUCAUUGACAAACAACAUACUGAACAAGAAGCCACCUAUGGCAGAGAUGCCUUUGCAAAAGCUAUAUACGAGCGCCUCUUUUGUUGGAUCGUGACACACAUCAAUGAUGUGAUUGAAGUGAAGAACUAUGACACUACAAUACAUGGGAAAAACACUGUCAUUGGUGUCCUGGAUAUCUAUGGCUUUGAAAUAUUUGACAAUAACAGUUUUGAGCAAUUUUGCAUUAAUUACUGCAAUGAAAAGCUACAGCAGCUCUUUAUUCAGCUGGUUCUAAAGCAGGAGCAGGAAGAGUACCAGCGAGAGGGAAUUCCCUGGAAGCAUAUUGAUUACUUCAACAAUCAGGUCAUCGUCGACCUGGUAGAGCAGCAGCACAAAGGGAUCAUUGCCAUUCUGGAUGAUGCCUGCAUGAAUGUUGGGAAAGUUACAGACGAAAUGUUCCUCGAGGCUCUGAAUAAUAAGCUAGGGAAGCAUGCUCAUUUCUCCAGCAGAAAGCUUUGUGCGACUGACAAAACGCUGGAAUUUGACCGAGACUUUCGAAUCAAGCACUAUGCUGGUGAUGUGAUUUACUCAGUCACUGGCUUUAUUGACAAAAACAAGGACACUUUAUUUCAAGACUUCAAGCGCCUCAUGUACAACAGCUCUAACCCUGUGUUGAAGAUGAUGUGGCCUGAAGGGAAACUGAGCAUCACGGAGGUAACCAAGCGACCUCUGACAGCUGCUACUCUUUUUAAGAACUCCAUGAUUGCACUAGUGGACAACCUGGCAUCGAAGGAACCCUAUUACGUCCGUUGCAUUAAGCCCAACGACAAGAAAUCACCGCAGCUUUUUGACGAGGAGCGUUGCAGGCACCAGGUUGAAUACCUCGGCCUUUUGGAGAACGUGAGAGUCCGCCGAGCAGGCUUUGCCUACCGCCAAACGUACGAGAAGUUUCUUCACAGGUACAAGAUGAUCUCGGAAUUCACUUGGCCAAACCACGACCUCCCUUCAGACAAAGAUGCUGUGAAGAAGCUCAUAGAGUGUCAUGGGUUUCAGCAUGACGUCGCUUACGGCAAGACCAAGAUUUUCAUCCGCACGCCUCGAACUCUGUUCACCUUGGAAGACCUGCAUGCCAAGAUGCUCGUGAGGAUUGUCCUCUUCCUACAGAAGGUUUGGAGGGGCACUUUGGCUCGCCUUCGCUACAAGAGAACAAAGGCCGCCCUCACGAUACUCAAGUAUUAUCGCCACUACAAAGUGAAGGCCUACAUCCAUGAGGUUGCCCGACGCUUUCACAAUGUGAGGCUAAUGAAGGAUUACGGCAAGCACGUGCAAUGGCCCGCUCCACCAAAAGUGCUGCGCCGAUUUGAAGAGGCACUCCAGACCAUUUACCAUAGGUGGAGAGCAGGAGAACUCAUCCGGAGCGUCCCACCAGAAGUCCUACCUCAACUGAGGGCCAAGGUUGCUGCCAUGGAGGUGCUGAAGGGUCACAGAGCUGAUAUUGGCCUACAAAGAGCGUGGGAGGGGAAUUACAUCGCACUGAAACCAGAUAACCCUCAGACCACGGGCUCUUUCAUCCCUGUUGCCAAUGAGCUGAAACGGAAAGACAAGUACAUGAACGUUCUCUUCUCCUGCCACGUCCGCAAGGUCAAUCGCUUUAAUAAAGUAGAGGACAGAGCAAUCUUCAUUACUGAUCGACACCUUUAUAAGAUGGACCCGAUGAAGCAGUACAAAGUGAUGAAGACCAUCCCCCUGUAUAAUUUGAUAGGGUUGAGUGUCUCCAAUGGAAAGGACCAGCUCGUGGUCUUCCACACGAAAGACAACAAGGAUCUCAUUGUCUGUCUCUUCGGUAAAGAGCCCUCUAACGACAGCAGGAUCGGCGAGCUGGUGGGAGUCCUGGCAAGCCACUUCAAGAGGGAGAAACGCGCUCUGCAAGUCAGCGUCACCAACCCGGUCCAGUGCAGCCUGCACGGGCGGAAAUGCACCGUCUCCGUGGAAACCAAGAUUAACCAAUCCCAACCGGAUUUCACCAAGCAUCGUUCCGGUUUCGUCCUCUGCGUGCCGGGGAAUUAGCAUCCCCCCCCGCCCCCCGCUUGGCGCAGCGAGCCCGGAGAGCGAGAGAGCGGAGGAGAGACGGACUGGGGCUUUGAUCGUCCUCCCUGUGCCUUGGACUUUUCAAGGGGGGGAAUUUAGAGAUGCUCAGCUGUGACGUGGUCACGCGCCUAGAAAGAGCUCUAAAGCUAGAGAUUUAGCAAACCCAAAUUCAGGAGAGGGUUUUACUACCACAUGCAACGAAGGCUUAAAAUAGCCAGUGACCUGUAUCCAUCUUACGAACCAGGCCAGAAUAUCAGGAAAGUGCUUCUGAAUUACUCCCAAAAAAAGCAUUUCUAGGUACUUCCACCCUUUCCUCCCAUUCCCACGUUGAUUUUUUUUUUUUUUAAACCCCUCUCCGCUAUUCCCUUCCGUGUUUCUUUUUUUUUUGUGGCUCAUUUUUGCAAUAUUACGCAGCCUCCACCGGAGGAACCAAAGAUACCCGGCUCAGGGAGUCUGGUUCUGUAAGACCAAAUCCCGAUGGAACCGGAGCCGGGUUUGGAGAGGAGGGCUGGCUUCCCACGCCGGGGAGACACUCUGCGCUCUUCCAGCCCGGCCGGCACACGCAGAGUUGGGAUGGUACAUGGACACGCACCUCUAGACUUAACGGCUUUCCUGCCUGGAGUUCAUUAACCCACCACGCACCUUGGCUGGAGACGGCUCCACCAGCAGAAAGGAGAGUGGGAGUCACAGUGCAGAGGGUUUAUUUUUUUUAAUCCUGCAUUGCUUUUGCCUUAAUUACCCUCUCCGGUGACCUAAAAAUCCGGUGGGUUCCCAUUUGAUCCAAGUGGUCUUGCUGAAUUUUUUUUUUUUUUUUAAUAUGAUCCACGUGGCUUUGCAUUAGUCCCAGCGAUGAGGUUCGGGGACCCGCUGCCGGUGGGUUACUCUAGAAACACGUGGAGCUUGGGGACCGGGGCUGCGGCUCCCUCGCUUUGCACUAUUUAACACUAACUCCGAGCACGUCCGGCCGCACCGGGAGAGGGGCAGCAGCACAAACCCAACUGCAAACAUCAGGGCCGGUCCCUUCGAAGCCUUUACCCAGGUCAUCCCGCCCGCGGGUGUUGGAUGUUGGGGCGUUGUGCUUGGCGUGGCCGGUGGCAUCGCGUUUCUCACGGCGCGGCGCCCGCGGCUGCCCGGCUCAGAUAACCUUCAGCGUGGUGUUUACGGGAGGGUGGUAUAUACUAACGAGCUUUUUAUUUCCACUGCGGAGCGGGCUGCUGCUGCUGCUGCGGUUUUUCUGAGCGGAGGAGGCCGAGUGACGCCGCGGGGCUGGUGGGAUUACGUGUCCUGAGUCCUGGCACUGCUGGUCAGGUCAGGAUUUCCAGCCCCUUGGAUGAGGCGGCGGGGCAGGGGGUCUGCGGGUGACCCCACCUAGGGGACCGACACACAGGGAGCACGGCCUCGACUGAGCGUUUUGGGAAUGGCAAAGCCUGGAAGAGGCUCUUCACCCAACGACCCGUUAACGAAAGGCUUCCCAAAGCCAUGGCCGUGGACGCGGGGAGCAGGGCCAGGUCCCUGCAGCGGUCGUACCCCACCACCGAGACCCGGGCUGAGGGGGUGUCCCCAGCUCCAGCUCUGGGCCGAGGUGGGAUGAGCUGCACCCCUCCCGUGCUCUCUGCCGGGGAGGCCCCACACCGGAUUCCUCCCGCUCGCGCGGUCCCCGGCCUCGGCCCAGCCCCGCCGGCACCCCAGCACCCCAGCCCGGCCCCGUGGCUCCGGGAUGCCCGGUGGGCUCCUGCGCCGGAGAGCUCUGGCAUCAGCUCUGCCCCGAGGCCUUGGGAAGAAACUUCCGAGCGCUGGCGAACGCCCCGUCGCCCACCGCUGGGGCCAUCGGGAGCCCGGAGGUGACGUCCCACCCCCCCCACGCGACAGCCCCUGACCUUGCCGAGCACGCGCGGGGCCGGGUGGCUCGGGACCACCGAGGACCCUUCCAGCCUCCUCGUUUAAUCCCAGCGCCCGCUGCUCGGGAGGAGCGAAGCCAACGCCGAAGCCACGGGACGCCCCAGCUCCCGUCUGAAGCUCCAGAAGGAAAAUCCCGGUGGAUGCUGUGCCUUUCCAGUUGCACUUCGCGCUUUUUUAUAGCCGCUAGUCCAGACGUCUGCCCGCCCUCCCCCCAGUAACACUAACCCGUAGGCAAGGUAGAGGCAGGAGUUUUAAUCAGCACUUUUAUACACUAUCCCUCCAACGAAAUGGUUGUAUCGAAUCAUGAUGGACGGCAAGAAAUCGCAGGUUUAGGAAAUUUCUAAUGCUGAGAUGGCAAUAUUGUAUGUGAUGAAAUGUGUCUUUAUAAAAUAUAUUAUCUGUUCCUGCUCUGGUUUUAUAUAUAUAUAUAAAAAUAUAUAAAAUAUAUAUAUAUUCCUGGGUUUUUUCCCCAUAAAUUAACUAUGUCUAAAUUGAAUUUUGAUUUUUCAGCC